AAGGUAUGGAAGCUUUGAGAAGGUUUCAAAUAACCUGAGAAGGUAUGGAAGCUUUGAGAAGGUUUCAAAUAACCUGAGAAGACUGAUGAUGUUACCGGUGCUGGGCAUGUCCUUUUUGGCCCUGGUCCUAUCAGGAGGAGCCUGGGCAUUUGCUCCCAUCGGGGGCGGAGCCUCCACCCACGUCAGCAUCACGGGAGCGGCCGUUCUACAGAAGGUCACAGAGGUGUGCCGAGCCAUCGCCGAGUCAGAGGGACGAGACUUUACCCCCACGGGUAACUCUGCUGAGGAGCUGGUCCAGGCCUGCCUGGGACCCAAAGCAACAGGUGAAGUGUCAGCAGCUAAGUUCAAAUCUGCCCUGAAUGAGAUCUACAUACAGAACGGACAGGUAGACAGAGACUUUGUCAACAGCCCAGCCCAUCACUUCAACUCAGAGGCGUUUGCUGAGGGCAGGCGCCUUAUAACUGAUGGGGUGGCCAGCAUCAAGGCCAACAUACAAAGGGAGAACUUCGUGGCUGCCAGAGAGACACUGGGGAGAGUACUACACACACUACAGGACUUCUACAGCCACAGUAACUGGGUGGACCUGGGAUACACUGAACCCUACGCCAACCUGAUCCGCCCCGAUCUCCCACUGGAAAACCUGGCAGAUGUCAGCACCCCGACCUGCAGUGACUGUGUCAGUGGGGGGUUCUGUUCCAACUCCAUCCUUCCUAACAUCCUUAAUGAGAAGAAACUCACCUCUGGGUACAUGGGGAUCUUCUCCACAGCUAAGCCUAAAGGUAAGUGUAGUCAUGGAGGUGCAGCUGACCUGACCAGCUCUGUUCCUCGCGGGGGCAUCAGCAAGGACGAGCGUCGCUCUGACAACGUGGCCCUGCACACUGCUGCCGUCACCGUGGCAACGACCUCAACCCUCCGGCUGCUGGACGACAUCCGGGGAGCCGCUGGUGAUAACAACUACCUACGCUUCAUGGGCAUAGCGCGAUCGGCAGUGGUUGCUUUUGUGAUCGACACCACGGGGAGCAUGAAGGAUGACAUCCUUGAAGCCAAGAGAGUCGUCAAUGAGAUCAUCGACAGCAAAAAGGGAACGCAGGAUGAGCCAUCCCAGUACAUCCUGGUCCCAUUCAACGACCCAAUGUUUGGACCCCUGAUAAGAACGACAAACCCUGAUGUUAUGAAAACAGAGAUCGCUAAACUCAAAGCUGAUGGAGGCGGAGACCUCCCUGAGAUGUGCUUAUCAGGCCUACAGUUGGCGCUGACCGGUGCCCCUGCGUCGUCCCACAUCUAUGUUUUCACAGAUGCCGUUGCCAAGGACAUUGCGUUAAGGGACACCAUCUUGGCCCUGAUCAGGAGCACCAAGUCAGCCGUGUCUUUCUUCAUGACUGGUGAUGGUGCUGGUGCUAGAAGGAGGAGGCGUGGAGUAGAGUUCAGGGCAGCUACAUUCGAGACCUACAAGGACCUGGCGCUGGCGUCUGGUGGUCAGGCCAUUGGAGUCACCAAGGAAAAUCUGCCCCAGGCCACUGACGUCAUCAUCGACUCCUCCACCUCCGCUCUGGUGACAGUCCUACAGCGAGCGAGGAACCCAGGCAGAGCUGAGACAUUCUCCUUCCUGCUGGACGAGUCUCUGAACAACAUCACCAUCUACAUCACUGGAAAGUCCCUCACCUUCACCCUGAAGAACCCUGCAGGUGUGACCCAGAAACAGAAUGAGGCCAACGGGGAACUGGGGACUGUCCAGACGGUGGGAAACCUCUUCCGGGUCCGUCUGGCCUCCAACAAACAGACAGGAUUAUGGGAAAUCAGCAUGAACUCCAACCAGCCCUACACACUGAAGGUCACUGGUCAGAGUACCAUUGCCUUCAUUUAUGACUUUGUGGAGACUUUCGAGGGACCUCACCCAGGAUACGCCCUCAUCUCUGGCCGUCCAAAAGCAGGUAUGCCUGCCAUGCUGUUGGUAUCAGUGUUGGGCAGAAAGGGCCCAGCCUCUGUCAAGGUGGCCAACGUUGCCUUGGUGACAGUGUCAGGGUCAGAGGUCGUAAGUGGGGCCCUGGAAGACAUGGGCAACGGGGAGUUCCUAGUUACGGUAACCAAGGUCCCUGCGGGGGAGUUUGUGGUGCUGCUGAACGGGACAGAUGUGGUCUCCUCCACCGUGUUCCAGAGACAGUCCACCACUCAGAUGUCCGUCUCCAAGGUUACCAUCAAGGCCGUGGUGGACAGAAGCAUGGAGCCUGGUAAACCCUUCACCCUUCCUUUCACCGUCAUGACCGACGCCACUGGAGGCAGCUACAAAAUCAGUGCCAGAAAUGACCGAGACUUCAAAAUGAACGUCCCUGGCAGCAUCGCUGUGACCACCGGAGGAAACGCCACCGGUGAACUGACCAUCACGGUGCCCGCCAACACCCCCUCAGGAACAGACGUCACCCUGACCAUCGAGGCUGUGGCCCCCGGGGCGUCCGACUCCAACUACGCCGUCCUGCGCCUCUCUGUCGUCACCAAGGUGACAGAUUUCACCCCUCCCCAGUGUGAGGUGGUCAGCGUCUCGGUGGUCGACUGCCCAGCUGACCCAGCAGCCUGCAGCUCCGCCUUCUGGCAGCUCUCUGCCAACCUGACAGACGGCGUCAAUGGCACAGGCAUCACCAGCCUCACACACCGCCAGGGCGUAGGCAGCCUCACCCACACGGACCUGAAGCAGAUGGUUGUUGCAGCAGCGUUCAACGCUUCGUGCUGCUCUCUGACCGUGGAGCUGGUGGCGGUGGACAAAGCCAUGAAUGUCGGCACCUGUCGGUUUUCCAUCGUCCGCAACGCGGGACCGCCCUCCAUCGCUCUGUCCCUCCCACUGUUGGUGUGUCUGCUGGUCUCUGCCUUCUUCACUACGUCCCUCAGAGACCUACUUAUUUGAUCUAAUGCUGCAUUCAUAACCAAGUGGGAAUCUGUCAUGUAAACGUUGUGAAGUGCAUUCACAUGCUUAGAACUUGUUGGGAAACACUGAUUUGGCUAAUGGCCAACCAGCUGCGACAACCAUAAACACAAAGUACAGCCAUCAUGCUUGCCAACUAAUUAUAGAUUUCAAAAGCCAUAUUAGAUUAGAUAGAUAGAUACAUAGAUUGCUUUUAAUAAGGUUCCGUUGCAUUUAACUGCUGAAAAUGCUGUUAUCGAGUUAAUUUCCUUAGCAGGUGACAUCAGAGGUCAGCAUUUGGGAGAAGUUGUAGCUCAUGGGUGAUAGACUAGUAAUUACUAGUUGGAGGGGCGUUCAAGUGGAUUUUCCUCUGUCUUAUGUGGUAAAUGCCACCUUCCCACUUGGUUAUGGUAAUAGGGUAAGGCUCAUGUGUUGACUGCCUUCCCGACACUGCCUCUUAAUGUUAACGGUUACGUUCCAGGCCGACCAUAUUGCAGACAUUGCAUUGCAUCAGCAAAUGCUUUGCGUGAUACAUCAUUGUCGGUGAAAUGAUGCAUCAGAUUGCUAUGUGAUGUGUGAAGCUGAUAUGUUGAACACCUAUCCACGUGUGAACUCUGCCUUCCCGACACUGCCUCUUAAUGCUAAAUGAUGCAUCAGAUUGCUAUGUGAUGUGUGAAGCUGAUAUGUUGAACACCUAUCCACGUGUGAACUCUGGUAGUCAGCCUGAAACAUGGCCAAAGCCACAGUGAAAAUGAAUGUCCCUUUUGUAACAAACUGCCAACAGUCUCUCUCUCUCUAGGCACUUUCUCAACAUGUUAUUGCACUGUAAGAUGUUUUCAUUUUUGUAGCAUAAUGUAAGUCUUUAGUUUACAUCUGUCAUGAAUAAAACAUCUCUGCUUUC